GAAGAAGAAUGGAAGUCAUGAGGGUGUCCGUUCUUUUCAGUUUUAUUUUAUUCUGCAGCGUUAAUGCCGGGAACAAACGCACGUUGGUUCUAGUAGACAACUGGUCGAUUAGAGAAACACACUCAACGUUUUUCAGAACGCUGCGAGACCUGGGGUUUGAGCUGACAUUCAAAACAGCUGAUGAUGCUGGGUUGGCCCUGGUGAAAUAUGGAGAGUUCCUCUACGAUAACCUUGUAUUGUUUUCACCAUCCGUCCAAGACUUUGGUGGCUCCAUUGACAUUCCAGCAAUAACAAGUUUCAUUGAUGGAGGAGGAAAUGUUUUGGUAGCAGCAAGUUCUUCAAUAGGUGACCCAUUACGAGAACUGGCCACGGAGUGUGGGGUGGAGUUUGAUGAAGAGAAGACUGCCGUCAUUGAUCACCUCAACUACGACAAGGAUGACACUGGACACCACACUUUGAUUGUGGCCGAUAGUGCUCACUUGCUGGAUGCUCCGAUGAUCGUGGGCACGAAGAACACAUCUCCUUUACUGUUCAGAGGAGUUGGUAUGGUGGCUGACCGGGAAAAUCCUCUUGUUCUCAGUAUUCUUCAUGCAUCUUCAACCGCGUACUCUCACAACCCGAAUGAGAAGAUUGAGGAGUUUCCACAUGCCGUUGGUAAGAACACGCUGUUGAUUGCUGCGCUGCAGGCGAGGAACAACGCACGAGUUGUCUUUUCGGGCUCCAUAGACUUCUUCAGUGAUGAAUUCUUUCACUCGGCUGUGCAGAAUGCCAUUGGUGGAAAGAAGUUUGACAAGUCUGGUAACCAGGAGCUUGCACUGAACCUUGCUCGCUGGGUGUUCAAAGACAAGGGUGUACUCCGGGUGGGGCCCGUCACUCACCACAAGGUGGGCGAAUCAAAACCACCAACCGCUUACACCAUUAUGGACGAAGUCUAUUAUGACAUUGAGAUUGAGGAGCUGGUCAAUGGAGAAUGGAAAUACUUCAAAGGAAAUGACGUUCAGCUGGAGUUUGUGCGCAUUGACCCAUUCGUUCGCACAACUCUCAGUCACAAAGGGGGGAAGUUCUACAAAAAGUUCAAGUUGCCCGACGUAUAUGGCGUCUACCAGUUCCGCGUCGACUACAACCGAGUGGGAUAUACGCACCUGUUCAGUACAACUCAGGUGUCUGUACGCCCGCUAGAACACACCCAGUACGAGCGGUACAUCCCGUCAGCCUACCCGUACUAUGUUAGUGCUUUCUCCAUGAUGUUUGGAGUCGUCCUCAUCAGCCUUGUUUUUCUCCACUACAAAGAUGAUCCCAAGGAGAAGAAAGAAUAACACAUUUCACAUUUCUAGCUUUAUAUAUGUGUUGUAAUGAUUAGUUUGGUACCAUAUUGGACUACAAUCAAGGUGAUUUUUGAUAAUCAGGCUUAUAAAACUUUGAGAGUCUAGAUUCGAGACUUCAAAGAGUCCGAGACAGUAAUGUCAUGGCAACUCAAUACAAAUUGUGUGUGUGUGUGACGUCAUUAGAGAUUGAGUCUGGACUCUAAAAGUUUUAUUAGCAUGGGCCCAGGUCUCAAUUUCACGAAGCAUUAUUAACAUAUUUUCGUAUGUAAAUGUAAAUCUGUGACAAAACUACAAUCCUUAUUACUGCUAACGGUACAACUAUAUUGUUUGAAAUUUGCAACUUAAUUUUGUCUUUAAAAUGCUUCUUGAACAAUGUGAUUUUCUGUGUGAAUUAGAUGGUAAACGUGUGUAAACAUGUGACUGGUAUAACUGAUAAUUGCACAUAAACUUGUGAUGUUUUGUUUAAUGGGGGCCCCUGUAUCGUAAGUUAAAAAUAAAAGUUACUAUGUGUACUUUUCGAUAAAUUUUGAACUUUGUGCUUGAUUGUUAAGAAAAUAUUGCCUAUAACUUACAAAAAAACCAAAAUAAAUUGUGAACUAUGUAUGGGUUUAAUUGUGUGUGUUGAAAUUUAAUAGCCAUUUCCAAUUUGACACACAAUGUUGUAUAACUACUUAAAAUCUCAGUAUUGCAUCCUCAUCAAACAUAUUUUAAAAAGGGAAAAACAAGAAUACAGCGGAGCUGUAAUGUAUAGUUGAUUAACAUUCCAUCACUUUUAAUUGUUCAUUGUUCACUCUAGAGCAUUCUGUUUAUUAAUGUAAUAAAGAACUUGUUACAAUAUAA